UCGUCUAAACGUGCGACUAGUCUUUCCAUAACGGCGGAACCGCAAAUCCAGCUCGCAAUUUAUCACUAGCAAGCAAAGCAACUGAUGCUUUGGCUUCUUAAUUAUUUGAACAGCACGCCAGAUAUUUACUUUAAUAAAUAACGUUGAUGUGAAGAUACGUAACUUGCUGUUACAGUCAGCCAGUAAUGUGUUGUUAGCUUAGCUUAGCGGAAGUGAGUGAAGCAGCGUUGCCCAACAGAGAUGUGUCUCAAUAAGGAAGGGAGUUGUUUCAGUAACACCAAGCAGCCAUUGUGACUACAAAGCUGUCGUUCAUGUGCCAGUGUGGUAAACUGCCGUUGGUUAAAUAGGUUUUCUUGGAAACUUGGGCUGCCGCCGACGCGUUCACAACAUGUUGAACAUCCCGCCGCAGUCUUUCCCUGCGGCGAGUUCCCCGCAGCGGGUCGCUCCGUCCGGCCAGUCCGGCAGGAACAAGGUGGCCUUGAAGCCUGGCCACAGUCUAAUGGACUGGAUCCGUUUUUCCAAGAGUGGAAAAGAUCUGACUGGACUCAGAGGGCGCCUGAUUGAAGUUACCCAGGAAGAGCUGCAGAAACACAACACAAGAGAGGACUGCUGGACCUGCAUACGAGGCAUGGUUUACAAUGUGACCCCAUAUAUGGACUACCACCCUGGUGGAGAAGAGGAGCUGAUGAAGGCAGCUGGAAUAGAUGGCACUGACCUGUUUGACCAGGUCCAUCGCUGGGUGAACUACGAGUCCAUGUUAAAAGAGUGCCUGGUGGGCAGGAUGGCCACCAAGGUCACCACAGCUAUUAAAGCUGUCACCCCUCCUCCACCACUGACUGGCCUCGCCCCGUCUAUCUCAGCGGCUCCUCCCCCAGACAAAGACUCUCGGCCUCGGUAUGACUGGUUCCAAACUGAUGUGACUGUUCAUCUGGUCAUUUAUGUUAAAAGGAAGAUCCCCAGCUCAGGCUGUACUAUUGUUGACCUUGAGGCAGGUGUUCUACGACUCGAAGUGCUACUGGGGAAAAUGUCCUACAUGAUACAUUUACGUCUAGCAGAUGAAGUUGAGGGAAAUGUUGCUGUCCACACUGCCUUCUUAGUGGGAAAGAUCCAGAUCAGCAUACGCAAGCAGGCUAAAGGAAAAUGGACAAGUCUUGGUCAACCACUGGAAUUUCACAAUACAUUUCUACGCAAAAAAGACAGAGCUCUCUACUAUAGGGAUUGUGUGUUGGUGUCUAAGACUGAGGUAAACCAUAACACCCACGUGUUCAGAUUGCAACUUCCACAUGGGACUGUCAUGCAUGUGCCUGUUGGAAAACAUGUCUACCUCAAAGCCCUCAUUCAAGGCACAGAGAUUGUGAGGCCAUACACUCCAGUAGAUCAGAACCUGGCAGCAGCUUCCCACCACUCCUCACAGGAAUCAGACCUCUACCUCAUGAUCAAAGUUUACCCUGACGGAGUCUUAACCCCACAUCUCAACAGCCUGCACAUCGGGGACCGCAUAUCCGUUAGUGGUCCAGAGGGUACGUUCAGUCUCCGCCCCCUUCGUGAUGUCACACAUCUCUACCUAUUAGCAGCAGGCACAGGGUUCACACCAAUGGCUCGCCUCAUCCAACUGGCCCUUCAGGACCUUGACACCAACAGAAAAACCAAGCUGCUCUUUUUUAACCGACGAGAGGAGGACAUUCUGUGGCGCUGUGAACUGGAUGAACUGGCUGCUAAUAAUGAGAGGUUUCAGGUGGCGUACGUCCUGUCUGAGCCCUGUGAAAGCUGGACCGAAAGGAAGGGUCGGGUGGAUGAGUCCAUGCUGAAGGAUUUCCUCAACAGGCCAGAUGGGUCCAAAUGCUAUGUGUGUGUUUGUGGCCCCACUGCCUUUACAGAGCUAACAACAGGGUUGUUGAAGCAGCAGGGCUUCAGUGAGGAAGAGCUCCAUGCCUUCCAGGGCUGAGGAGCUCUGCCCUGAUCCAACUCCACCCUGCAAAGACUGUGUAUGCCUGUGUGUGUGUGUGUGAGAGAGAGAGAGUCUAAUUUAAUUUAUAAACUUGUGUUUGUGAGAAAUGAAAGGAACAUUGUAUUUCUAUGCACCAAAAAUCUGAUGAUGCUGACAGCAGAUAACACGCUCCAGUCUUUGAUUGGCUGAACAGUAGAUCACUAAAUUACAGUGCAGUAAGAUUGUUAAGAUUGUGGACAGUGUUGUCAGUGUCUGGAACAAAGUUAAUACAGUUCAUAGAGUUGAAACAUUGUAAAGAAAAGCAGCAAAAUAUAUUAAGAUAAAUGAAUGAGAUUAUGUAAACCGAUGAGGUAAAUGCAAUAUAAAAAGACGUUUAGCAUGAGCAGAUGAUCGUCUGCAGACACUCCCAGAUCUUAAUGUUCCAGUUACAUGGAUGCAGUUUAAACCACUGCAGUGAAAUAAAAUGCAUUAUGGUGACAUUUUUAAAGGUUAGUCUCCCAUUCUUUAAGAGUGAGGCAAUUUUCACUCAGUUCUGAUUGGAGUCUUGACUCAAUCAAGUUUAAUAUAGAGUCUGAUAGAGUUUAAAAUGAGUCACUUUGCAGAACAGAAAGGAAACGCAGUGAUAUAACUAGGGAUGGGUAUCGCCUUUAUGGUAUCGACCGAAACAGUCAAAGCAGUACUUCAAUCGAUACUUCUUGUAACCAGAUCGCGGCAAAACAUUACUAUUUGUCUGCUUUUGCUUGCAGCCAAACAGGCAAGCAACACACUGAAAGAAAGAGAAGAGCUCGCUUUUUAUUUUUCCUUUUGUGCCUGCACCAUAGACUGAAUAAAAAGGCCUGCACGCGCUCAGUCCGUGCGUGAUUUUAACAGCCGCUCACCUUCGGCGGCGUGUCAGGUUUGUCACUGAACACUUCUCUGUACAUUUUUCUUUGCUGUUCACAUCACUUGUCACCGUUCGAUCAGCUGAUUUUGCUCACGGAUCCUCCGGCUGCUUCAGGUGUAGCUGGUUUGAUCGGCUGGACGUGCAGCGUCUCUUCUGUUUGAGAGUCUUUAGUGUAGUUUAGUAACUUGUUUAAACAGAAGGAAAAAGCGCUCGCAGAAAUCUUUCAAUUCAGUUUAUUGAUCGAAAGUUAACAAAAUAAUUUUCCUUUGUUUACUUUCAACACACAUACCAAAAAAUUACCUUAAAUUAAUUUUCCUUAUUUGGUCAAUAAACAAUUUCACUCCUCCUCUCAUUCAAAUAUAAAAUAUUCGCAGGCUGCAGUCUUUCCCUGUAUAAUACUAGCCGUGAGGAUGAACUAAUCAUGUUGAGGAGGAUCUGAUACAAUUUCCCAAUACUUUUAUUUAACAGUUAUUUGAAACAAGAAAAAAAAAAAGCAUAACCUUGCUUGUCCAUAACAACGAUAAAAAAUAAUAGGCUACCAAUCAACUACUACGGCUUCAACAGGUGGCAUUUUAUGCAAGGUAUUGAAAGAAGUACUCUGUUGGUAUUGGUAUUGUAAAAUUUUAAACGAUACCCAUCCCUAGAGAUAACACUGUACUAUAGUGCAGUACUGGUUCUGUAAACAAUGCAAAAUAUUUCAUAGUUUCCAAUCACACACUGAUGUCUUAGUUGUCAGGAGGCGCCUUUCUCUGUUGAUGUAGUGUUGGCAUGGAAGUUCAUGCUGCUCAAGAGUGUGGGUGCACAGUUGGAAUGUAACUUUUCUGCAAAGACUGCCAUGAAGAGGAGGUGGAAUUUAUUCUACAGCUAUCUUUAUCCAAUUGAACACCUCUUCUAAAGGUUGCAAUGAUUCUUAGACCUUACAGAGGACUGGGACACAUCACUGAUAUAAUCUGGGAUCAUUGGGUGUUUCACAUCUUUCAACUUUAGACACCCUCGACCCAGCCAGUGUUGACCAGCCCAAUGUGUGUCCCCGCAGCACUACCCAUUAGAUCCCUCCUCCUGGUCAGAAGCCUCCGAUGUGUUCCUGAUGCCUCCUCUCAGUGCAGCGUCUGUAACGUCCUGCAGCAUGAUGGCACUGCAGAGAGAGCAAAGUAAGGGAACUUGUCCUCACACUGCCAGUCAGUCACAGCAGCUAGUAGGCCUGUUGACACCCUGGACUGUAGCUGUGGCCGCUCACCAGCUCUCAUGAAUGCAUUGUGCUUCCUAGGUAGGCGGAGAGGUGCUUGCUGCUGUUGAUGGCUGAUGCAUCACUGCUUUAGCACUUGGUGCCUGCAAAGCCUUUUCACAGGGCCGCAGCCGCUGCCUAUGAAAAAAUACUAGGUGCUCACUUUUGUAAAGUAAACUCCACGACAAGGCAAGGUGCUCUUGGAGUCAAAUUAUAGAAAAAGGGAAGCCCCUGGGCUUACUUCAGGCACAGAGCCAAGGAUGUAGUUAAAUCAAAGUUUAAAAACAAAAUACAAAUCAAGGAGAAGGCUGACCACUUUUGAUCCACACUGGGUCUUCCUCAGGGGGUGGCUGGAGUCAACCUGAGUGGCAAAGCAUGAUUCCUUAAAUAAACAAUUGUGCUCAGGAGGCCAAAUUACACCAGCAUAUCACACAGUUUUCACAGGGCCUUCUGGCAGCUGCUCUGGAUAUACUUCAAGUUUAGAUUGGAUUGUCAGCUCCUCACUCUUGCCCAGUGCGUUGGGGUUAGACUGACACAUUAAAGCAUUCCAAAACAGCCCAGAUCACGAAGUUCUGCCUGCCAAAUGUCAGACGAAGACAUCCUCUCCUGCGCUCUCGAGCCUCUUCGAUGCCUGCCUGCACUUCCUUCAGGACUGCUAGUUGUCUGUCCUGUGCAUCGUAUGUGUGCGCCAAAACUACAGAUCGGUGUGGGUAAAACCUAGAUCAUGUCCGCUCCAGACGUCUGGCCGCCGUUGUCAUGUGGCAGUGUUGAUAGCUGAAGGGCCCAUUGGUUUAACACCUGUGCGUUAAUGAUGACGGGUGAAUCUGCUUUCCCAGUCUGCUUUAAAAGGCUCGUUUGUGCCACAGCUUAAUUCUUUUAGUCCUCUUUGUGAUGAAGAUGAAAACUGCUCCUGAGCCAAACAAAUGGCCACUGUUUUAAGGUGGAACUCUUCUGUUUUAUUCCAAAUAAACCGCAAAAGGAUUUUACCUGGUAAAGACCCACAAGACACUGCGUACUAAGAGCAGAUAAUGUGCCUGUUUAGAGAAAGAGUAGCAAACAGCUGCUGUUUAGUUUUGCUAAUUUUCUUAUCAAGAAAUAAUUAAAGAAGCCCUUCUGUAACUUGGCAAGUCAAAAUAAAGCUGUGGUUCCUUCUGUUA